AUGGUUGUGGCAUUAGGUCCGGGGAAGUUCUACAGCAGCAGCCUGCAGCGGCCGCGCUUCUACACCAACGUGAAAUUCAACAACGAGAGGAUCUUCAAGAGAUCCCCAAUUCCGAAUAAAUCCGUCAUAAAACUGGUCGUCUCUCGCCGCGAGGAGGAUGAGAUCCGAAGUGAGAUCGACAAAACCCUCUCCCCGCCGCGCGCUCCGGUAGCGAUUAAGCGGCGCCAGGUGGUAGGAUUGCUGGACGAGGACGGGGAAGAUGAGGUGGCGGCGGCGAAGAGAGGCCCGGUGAGGAAAUUGGGGGAUGAUUUUGAGAGGGUCGCCAGGGAAAGCGGGAUGGCGAGCAACGCCGGCGGCGAAAGUGGAGGCGCUGCCGCCGCGGCGAGGACGAGAAAAUAA